AUGCCCUUCUUCCUGAUUCCAUCCCCUUCUCCCAGAUUCCAUCCCCUUCUCCCAGAUUCCAUCCCCUUCUCCCUCAUUCCAUCCCCUUCUCCAAGAUUCCAUCCCCUUCUCCCAGAUUCCAUCCCCUUCUCCCAGAUUCCAUCCCCUUCUCCUAGAUUCCAUCCCCUACUCCCAGAUUCCAUCCCCUUCUCGCAGAUUCCAUCCCCUUCUCCCAGGAUUCCAUCUCCUUCUCCGAGAUUCCACCCCCUUCUCCAAGAUUCCAUCCCCUUCUCCCAGAUUCCAUCCCCUUCUCCCAGAUUCCAUCCCCUUCUCCCAGAUUCCAUCCCCUUCUCCCAGAUUCCAUCCCCUUCUCCCAGAAUCCAUCCCCUUCUCCCAGAUUCCAUCCCCUUCUCCAAAUUCCAUCCCCUUCUCCCAAAUUCUAUCCCCUUCUCCCAGAUUUCAUCCCUUCUCCCCGAUUCCAUCCGCUUCUCCCUGAUCCCAUCCCCUUCUCCCAGAUUCCAUCCCCUUCUCCCAGAUUCCAUCCUCUUCUCCCAGAUUCCAUCCCCUUCUCCCAGAUUCCAUCCCCUUCUCCCAUUCCAUCCCCUUCUCCCAAAUUCCAUCCCCUUUUCCCAAAUUCCAUCCCCUUCUUCCAAAUUCCAUCCCCUUCUCCUAGAUUCCAUCCCCUUCUCCCAGAUUCCAUCCCCUUCUCCCAGAUUCCAUCCCCUUCUCCAGAUUCCAUCCACUUCUCCCAAAUUCUAUCCCCUUCUCCCAGAUUCCAUCCCCUUCUCCCUGAUUCCAUCCACUUCUCCCAGAUUCCAUCCCCUUCUCCCAGAUUCUAUCCCCUUCCCCCAUAUUCCAUCCCCUUCACCCAGAUUUCAUCCCCUUCUCUCAGAUUCCAUCCCCUUCUCCCAGAUUCCAUCCCCUUCUCCCAGAUUCCAUCCCCUUCUCCCAGAUUUCAUCCCUUCUCCCCGAUUCCAUCCGCUUCUCCCUGAUCCCAUCCCCUUCUCCCAGAUUCCAUCCCCUUCUCCCAGAUUCCAUCCCCUUCUCCCAGAUUCCAUCCCCUUCUCCCAGAUUCCAUCCCCUUCUCCCAUUCCAUCCCCUUCUCCCAAAUUCCAUCCCCUUUUCCCAAAUUCCAUCCCCUUCUUCCAAAUUCCAUCCCCUUCUCCUAGAUUCCAUCCCCUUCUCCCAGAUUCCAUCCCCUUCUCCCAGAUUCCAUCCCCUUCUCCAGAUUCCAUCCACUUCUCCCAAAUUCUAUCCCCUUCUCCCAGAUUCCAUCCCCUUCUCCCUGAUUCCAUCCACUUCUCCCAGAUUCCAUCCCCUUCUCCCAAAUUCUAUCCCCUUCCCCCAUAUUCCAUCCCCUUCACCCAGAUUUCAUCCCCUUCUCUCAGAUUCCAUCCCCUUCUCCCAGAUUCCAUCCCCUUCUCCCAGAUUCCAUCCCCUUCUCCCAUUCCAUCCCCUUCUCCUGGAUUCCAUCCCCUUUUCCCAAAUUCCAUCCCCUUCUUCUAA